GUACUUUGGUUUUUUGGGUGCUGGUUUCUUUGUGCAACUCCCAUUUUUGUAUUUAUCUCUUUCCCAUCUCUACAGUUGCUUUCUUCUGGUUUCUGUUUGAAAAAAUCUAAGUUUGAGCCUCUUCGCAUUCAGAUUUUAAACAUCUCUCCCAUGCCAUCUUUGUAUGAGGUUUUCGCUACUAUUGAUAGUGAGGACCGUUGUCGUAACAUUGUACAGCCACAAGGUCUUCUUCCUACCCCUGAUUCCUCUCCUAUGACUGAUCAGAUGGCCUUUGCGGCUAGCUCUAGCUCUCAUCCUCCGUCUAGGAAGAUUAUUUGCUAUCAUUGGAAUGAGAGUGGGCAUGUUAAAGACCGUUGCUUCAAACUUCAUCCUGAGUUGAAGCAACACUUCACUCGGAAUCGGUUGUCCAGCUAUUCUAGCCCCUCUGGUCCCUCUCGUACUGCUGCCCAUGCUGAAAAAACUGGCAGCUUUCAAGUUCCUGCCCAUAUGGAUUAUAGCCACCUUCAGUCCCAGUUUGGACAACUUCAGGAGCAGCUUGGGAAUCUCAAUGCCUGGGCUCAGGGCACCUCUCAUACGGCCACUGCCACGCUUGCUGCAAGUACUCCCAUCGCUUUUCAUGUUCGGUCUACAAAACCUACUUGGGUUAUGGAUUCUGGUGCCAAUGAUCAUAUGACUGGACCUGAGUUUGAAGAGGAUUUUUGGCAAGGGCUAUGAGCGCGAUGGGUUGUACUUCUUUGGGGAACCGCCACCAUCAUUUCCUACUUCAUCUAGUCUUCGGCGUCUGUCUUGCCUACAUCUCAUUCUUAUGUCUUUUCUCUUAAAACUUUGGAUUUGUGGCACGCCCGUUUGGGACAUGCAAAUUUUCAGUAUUUAUGUUUGUUAUUUCCUUCUUUGAGUUGAGCUUGUAAGGAUCACAAAUUUCAGUGUGUGGUUUGUGAACUUUCUA